AUGGACCCCCUGAGCCGGUUUACGGACCUCCAGAACCUGUUUAUGGAACCCCAAAACCAGUUUAUGGACCCCCUGAACCUGUUUAUGGACCCCCUGAACCAGUUUAUGGACCACCAGAACCUGUCUAUGGAACUCCUGCCCCAUCUUACAAAGCCCCAGAGCCUGUUUAUGGAACCCCUGCCCCAUCUUACAAAGCCCCAAAGCCUGUUUAUGGAACCCCUGCCCCCAUCUUUACAAAGCCAGCCAAGCCUGUUUUAUGGAAGCCCCCUGCCCAUCUUAAAGCAAAUCCACCAAGGCCUGUUUUUAUGGGCAACCCCUGCCCCAGCCUACAAAGCCCCAGAGCCUGUUUAUGGAACCCCUGAACCUGUGUACAAAGCUCCAACCCCCUCAUACAAAGCCCCUAUCCCCUCCUACAAAGCCCCAGAACCAGCCUACAAAGCCCCUACCCCUGCUUACAAAGCCCCAGAACCAGCCUACAAGGCCCCUACCCCCUCCUACAAAGCCCCAGAACCAGCUUACAAAGCCCCUACCCCUGCUUACAAAGCCCCAGAACCAGCCUACAAAGCCCCUACCCCCUCCUACAAAGCCCCAGAACCAGCCUAUAAGGCCCCAACCCCCUCUUAUGGAGCACCAGAACCUGCCUACAAAGCCCUACCCCUCCUACAAAGCCCCGAACCAGCCUAUAAGGCCCCAACCCCCUCUUAUGGAGCACCAGAACCUGCCUACAAAGCCCCUACCCCCUCCUACAAAGCCCCAGAACCAGCUUACAAAGCCCCUACCCCCUCCUACAAAGCCCCAGAAACCAGCCUAUAAGGCCCCUACCCCUGCUUACAAAACGCCCCAGAACCAGCCUAUAAGGCCCCAACCCCCUCUUAUGGAGCACCAGAACCUGCCUACAAAGCCCCUACCCCCUCCUACAAAGCCCCAGAACCAGCCUAUAAGGCCCCAACCCCCUCUUAUGGAACACCAGAACCUGCCUACAAAGCCCCUACUCCCUCCUACAAAGCCCCAGAACCAGCUUACAAAGCCCCUACCCCCUCCUACAAAGCCCCAGAACCAGCCUAUAAGGCCCCUACCCCUGCUUACAAAGCCCCAGAACCAGCCUAUAAGGCCCCAACCCCCUCUUAUGGAGCACCAGAACCUGCCUACAAAGCUCCCUCUUAUGAUGUGAAAUAUGAGGAGGGAAUGCCUUUCGACUUCAACUACGCAGUGGUGGACCAAUACAAGGGCGUCGACUUCGGCCACAACUCCAACUCCGACGGGAAGCUAGUGACCGGAUCGUACUACGUUGCCCUCCCCGACGGCCGCACUCAGAAAGUUGCCUACACAGCUGAUCACUACGAUGGCUACAAGGCUGAGGUUUCUUAUGAGGGAGAAGCCCAGUACCCUGAGACUAAGCCAUACCAAGCAACCAAUGCCUACGGAGCACCCGCGCCUAAAUACGCGGCUCCAGCACCAGCCUAUGGAACCCCAGCUCCUAAAUACGCAGCCCCAGAACCAGUCUAUGGAACCCCAGCCCCCAAAUAUGCAGCCCCAGAACCAGUCUACGGAACCCCAGCUCCUAAGUACGGAGCCCCAGAACCAGUCUACGGAACCCCAGCCCCUAAAUACUCAGCCCCAGAACCAGUCUACGGAACCCCAGCUCCUAAGUACGGAGCCCCAGAACCAGUUUACGGAACCCCAGCCCCCAAAUACGCAGCCCCAGAACCAGUCUACGGAACCCCAGCUCCUACGUACGGAGCCCCAGAACCAGUUUACGGAACCCCAGCCCCUAAAUACGGAGCCCCAGAACCAGUCUACGGAGCCCCAGCUCAAACUUAUGAAGAACCUUCGUCCCUAUAUUUUGUUCCUGAACACUGA